GAGAGAGAGAGAGAGAAUGGGGUCUUGGGCUCAGGCGAUGCUGCUGGUGGCACUUCUAUUUCCCGCGUUUGUGGAGUCGAAGAUUCAUCAUUACAAGUUCAGUGUGGUCAUGAAGAACACAACAAAGCUUUGUCAAACAAAGCCCAUUCUUACUGUCAAUGGGAAGUUUCCUGGACCAACUCUGUAUGCAAGGGAGGAUGAUAAUGUUAUAGUAAGGGUCACCAAUCAUGUUAGCUAUAACGUUACGAUCCACUGGCAUGGAGUCAGGCAGCUUAGGACAGGUUGGUCCGAUGGGCCGGCAUAUGUGACACAAUGCCCAAUCCAGCCUGGACAGGACUACAUCUACAACUUCACCCUCACUGGACAAAGAGGUACUCUUCUUUGGCAUGCACACAUUUCUUGGCUAAGGGCAACAAUGCAUGGUGCCAUUGUCAUCUUGCCUAAGCGAGGCGUUGCUUAUCCAUUUCCGAAACCUGAUAAGGAAAAGAUCAUCAUAUUUGCUGAGUGGUGGAAGGCAGAUGUUGAAGCCGUUGUUAACCAGUAUACACAAACUGGAAUGCCACCAAACGUAUCGGAUGCACACACUAUCAAUGGCUACCCUGGACCUGUUCCUAAUUGCUCUUCAAAGGGUUACACACUGCAUGUUGAUGGAGGCAAAACCUACUUGCUUCGGAUCAUCAACGCAGCGCUGAAUGAUGAGCUAUUUUUCAAGAUUGCAGGGCAUAAUCUAACCGUAGUUGAAGUUGAUGCAUCAUAUACUAAGCCCUUCCAAACUGACACAAUCUUCAUUGGUCCAGGCCAAACCACAAAUGCCAUACUAGCCACAGAUAAGGCCACAGGAAAGUACUUGAUUACAAUCUCUCCAUUCAUGGACACCACAGUUGCUGUCAACAAUAUAACUGCCUUCGCCUUCCUCCGCUACAAUGGCACCCCUGCCUUUCCUCCAACCACCCUAACCAGCAUUCCUCCUAUAAAUGCCACUGCCGUAACGACAAAAUUUAUCAACUCUCUUCGAAGCCUUAAUUCUAAACAAUACCCUGCCAAAGUUCCAUUAACAAUAGAUCACUCUUUGUUCUUCACAAUCGGCGUAGGUGUCAAUCCAUGUGCAACCUGUGUCAAUGGUAGCAGAGUUAUAGCAGCUGUCAACAAUGUCACCUUCAUAAUGCCUACAGUAGCUCUGCUUCAAGCACAUUAUUACAACAUAGGUGGAGUUUUCACAGAUGAUUUUCCUGCUAAUCCGCCGAUACCUUUCAAUUAUACAGGAAACCCACCAUCUAAUAUGGCUACCAAUAAUGGAACAAGGCUUUACAGACUGUCUUUUAAUUCAACAGUUCAAGUUGUGAUUCAAGGAACCAGUAUGAUAGCUCCUGAGAGCCAUCCAACCCAUCUCCAUGGAUUCAAUUUCUUUCAAGUUGGUAAAGGAGUUGGGAAUUUCGAUCCAACCAAAGAUCCAAAAAGUUUCAAUCUUGUUGAUCCCGUUGAGAGAAACACAAUGGCAGUGCCAACCGGUGGAUGGACAGCAAUCAGAUUCAGGGCAGAUAAUCCGGGGGUGUGGUUUUUCCACUGUCAUCUGGAAGUACACACAACAUGGGGACUAAAGAUGGCAUUUUUGGUGGACAAUGGAGAGGAACCAAAUGAGUCACUUCCCCCUCCCCCUAAAGACCUUCCAAAGUGUUGAUGAGGGAGGGAUGUUUAUGCAGUGGCUUCAAGAUCAUCAACAAAACCAAGAGAAACAAUGCUAAUAACAAAACCAAACACAAUUCAGGGGGAUCUUACCUCCCCCUCCCCUCUCCUCUCCUCCUUGGUAUUUCCACUUUGGGGUAACGAGUUCAUUAUUGGCUCAUUUGGAUUUGUUAGAUUUAAUAUGAGGUUAUGAGUUCAUUGUAUUAUUUAGUUUGAGAAGGAAUUCAAAGACUUGUUUGUGCGUCACUUGACUCUGUACAUUUCAAUCUUGUAAUUUCAAGUAAUUCUAAAGCAGUCAGUCAAUGAAAUAACCAAGCGCAUACAUCUUUUCAA